AUGGCCACCCCGACAACGUUAGCCAACGCGUAUUGCAUUGUCAAGGCCUCGAAGGACGUGACCCUCGCCGAAUUCCUCGCAAUAUGUGAGGAAAAACUCAGCAAAGACCUCGUUUAUUCAAAGUCGGUGGCCGACUGGACAUCCAUUCUGUGCGACGCCGUCAGGAGGAGCGGGCAGGAAGUCAAAGAUCUCGGACAAGCCUCUGCCUUCCUCCUGAAUCAAAAGGCGUAUAAGGAAGCGCUGUCCUUAAUCGACAUCUACUCAGAUUUCCGGGACCAAUCGCACAAGAUGCAUGCGGGGAUGUUGUCCUCUAGAAUCUCAUCCAUGGUCAGCACGCCGGGAAAACGACCGCGGUCGGAGGAAGGGGUGUCCUUCGUAUCACUAGACACACCAAAGGCGGCGCCAAAGGAGAAAGCGCACCUCGUAGUCGAAUCAUCGGACGACGCCGAGGGCGAGUAUUUGCUGGCAGAGGAAGAUCGCGAGCGGCUAGAGGUUGUUCUGAAAGCAAAACCGCAGGAAAUGAAAAUAGGGGGACUGCACGUGGAUGAGCUUCUUCAAAAAGUCCAAAAAUGGAUCCUGAGGGGGAAAGAAUCAUCCAGCGAAAAGGAGACUGCAGCCGUAGCGUGCGUAUCAACUUCGGCGCUGUUGGCGUAA